UUUACACGCAGUUUGUUGGAGCUGACAACAAACCCUAAGCUGGAGCAACCACGGCUUCAGUUUAAGAAAACCCUAAUUCCGAUCCAAAUCUCUCUCUCUCUCUCUCUCUCUCUCCAAAAACGAUGACACCAAUGGCUUUGCAGUCUACAGUUUCUCUCUAAACAUACACAAUUGUAUACAGAUUGCUCUCUCCAGAGUUAUGUCUCUCGACGGAGCAAUUGACAGGGGCACAGGCGCCGGCAACGGCACCGCAAACGGCGUCCUGUCUCCAGUGCUUCCUUCGUACUCGACGCAUCGUCUGAGGCUGAAUCCUAACACAGAUCACAAGCCGGCCAACUAUGAAGACCUGCAGGCGCAAUUGGAGUUCAGCCCUUUGCUCUUUAGCUCUCUGGAGCGGUACCUCCCACCCAGCUUGCUUGAGAGACCCCGCGAAACCAAGGUCAACUACAUGCGCGAAAUUCUCCUCCGCUAUUCGCCCGAAGGCGAACGCACCCGAGUUCAGAGGCAUAGAGAAUACAGACAAAAGAUUAUAUCUAACUAUCAGCCUCUUUACAAGGAGCUGUAUACUAUGCAUGCUGCAAAUUUCUUUGUACCCUCAUUUCUGAAGGCAGUCAAUGAGAACACAGAAGAGAGUUUUAGAAAUAUAAUGGCUGAACCUGCUCCAGGAGUUUUUGCAUUUGAAAUGCUUCAGCCACGUUUUUGUGAAUUAUUGCUUUCUGAGGUAGAAAACUUUGAAAAGUGGGUACAUGAGACAAAAUUCAGAAUUAUGCGACCAAACACAAUGAAUAAGUAUGGUGCUGUUCUUGAUGAUUUCGGCCUGGAAACCAUGCUUGACAAGUUGAUGGAAGAUUUUAUACGCCCUAUAUCUAGAGUUUUCUUCACUGAAGUUGGAGGAUCCACAUUAGAUACUCACCAUGGUUUUGUAGUUGAGUAUGGAAUUGAUAGAGAUGUUGAUCUUGGUUUCCAUGUGGAUGACUCAGAAGUUACUUUAAACGUUUGCUUGGGUAAGCAAUUUUCUGGUGGAGAAUUGUUCUUCCGGGGUGUUAGAUGUGAUAAACAUGUAAAUACAGAAACACAGUCUGAGGAAAUCUUUGAUUAUUCUCAUGUUCCGGGACGUGCCAUCAUUCAUCGUGGUCGCCAUCGUCAUGGUGCUAGAGCCACAACGUCUGGGCAUAGGAUUAACUUACUGCUAUGGUGCAGAAGUUCUGUCUUUAGAGAGCUGAGAAAAUAUCAGAAGGACUUCUCCAGCUGGUGUGGAGAGUGCCAACGUGAGAAGAAAGAAAGACAGCGCCAGUCCGUUGCAGCCAUCAAACUGGAAUUACUGAAGAGAGAGGGAGAGGCCGCAAAAGAAGCUGCAUCUUGAGCAGUUGGAUUGCAGUUUUCCGCAUGCUGAUACUGUACGACACAAAAAUUGUGGCGGUUGGUGGUUAGCUAGCUUGAAGUAAUCUUGUUGGUACAGAAGGGUAACGUGACAAGGUGUUAAAUGAAUUGCCCCAAGUCCUUUUGCAAACUACCUAGUGUACAUCCAUCUAAGUCAAGAGUCGUGAGUGUCGCGCCAAGUAGGACUCUCAUGUCCUAAUUUGUCAGCUGUGAUUACCAACAAUAUCAUUUUUGUACUUAAUUGCUCUUUUUGUUAAUGAAAUGAUAACCUUGCAUAGCAAUCAUAGUCAAACUGGGUUUAUGUUAUCUGUAGAAGCUUUGCUUCAGUGGUUUGGCUUGAGUAGUUUAAAAGGCUGCUUGCUUUUGUUAUAUAUAAAUAAUCAAAAGAGAUUCCAUUUGAAAA